AUGGCUCGGCUUCAUCUCACUUUCUACAUCAAUGUAUUUUUUCUGGUGUCUCAUGUUCUCCACUACAUCGCCUGCCAACAGUGUGAGACCGACCAUUACUCUAUUUAUCAAAGGAUGCUUCAAGGUUACACCUUUAAGGCGUUGAAGAUGCAAUCAGGUUCCCUGGAAUGUAGACAAGCGUGCCUCGCUGAUAUCAGAUGUCAAAGCUAUAACGUCGUGUUCAAAGGGAUAUGUGAGUUAAAUAACAGAACUAAGGAGGCCAGGCCAGAGAAUUUUGUUAAAGACCUGGGCAGGUACUACAAACAGAGAGAUUUUAAAAGAGCUCCUCUCGGAUCCAUUCGUGAGCUGCCAGCUAUAUCAUGCAAAGAAAUCAAGGCGAGCGAGGGAGGACAAGCGGUCAGUGGUUAUUAUUGGUUGGAUUUAAUCAGAUCUGGAGACUCUUUUUUAACUUACUGUGACAUGGUUAAAGAAGAAAUCAACGAGUGCGCAGACGGAUCUCACAAUUGCCAUAGAGACGCCACUUGCCAGAAUACUGUAGGCGGUUAUAAGUGCACCUGUAGGUCAGAAUACAUUGGCAAUGGACUGACCUGCAAGCCUAGAGAAUGUAUAAACUACGCAGUUAUUUUUGGUAGUAAAAGGAAAAGAACUUAUAAAUCAAAACAGCCAUAUUUGGACGACGGUGACCUGAAUGGCUGGUACCGUUUCCAAGGGCAGGCAGGUACAAAAAUGGCCACUUCAUGUGUGCCUUUCAAAAGGUGCGGUGGACUGAGACCCGGCUGGCUCAAAGGUGGUCAUCCCAGCAAAGAAGAUGGAAGGGUGAACAGGAGGGUUUAUUUCCGCUCGUUUAAUAAUUGUGAAGAAGUAUUCAACGUCGUUAAAGUUAGAAACUGUGGUCCUUUCUUUGUCUACUUCAUACGCGGGACAGCACCAGGAACGUCAAAUCCCGAACGUUACUGUGGUUCCGAUUAA